CAGGAAAGCGAAUACGUCUACCGAUGAAUUCAUGGCCUAUAAGGAUGUGUUUGUAGCAGUAGCUUUUUAGCGAUUUAUAACUGUUUUGAGGCGGUUACAGUUAAUGCGGAGGCAAUGCGUUUAAUUUGAGGUGGAGCGUGGAUCACCUAAACGGUGUGUGAAAGAGGGAAAGGAGAGAGGGAACAAGAGGGGAGGGGGCGGGGGUUUAUGGACCUCAGUGGUAACGGGACCUACAGGCACCCCGAUUGUGCUCUCAUAUUUUUUGGAGGUGAGGACAAAAGAAGGGGGAAAAUCGGUGGAAAGGCCCGGGAUCUGAGUGUUGUGACGGGGCCCCCGACUUCGCCGCCGCUGGUCGGGGUUGUCAGGACGACAGAGGGUGAAGGAAAAGCGGCGGAGCAGUCGACUCAAGACCGGGGUUUCCUGCCUCAGCAGUGGGAUUGUCACAAAACACCCUUUCACUGUUCGAGGGGCCUUGAACGUUCUCUCAGAUUUUCAAAGGGUUCCUGUAACCAGCCCAGGAGAGAUGACCUCACAUGCAUGGAAAUACUGGAGAGAAACAGAUAAACAGAAGAAAAUAGGACAUGACUUAACGGAAAGACCCUUUUCGGGGAACAAUUAAGGGAUUAGGUCAAAUUAAACAAUGACUGCUAGAAAAAGAAGCUAUAGCCUAACUAUAAAGGAAAAUAUAAAGGAUUUCACCAGGAUAAAAAACACAGAGAGAAGAGGAAUGAACAAACCUUUGGAUGAAAAUAUAGUGACAACAAGGGGACCAAAGACUUCUACAAUCCAACUUACUCUCAUCAGAUACAACAGUAACAAUUUUGAAAGGGAAUUACACACAGGAAGAGAAUGUUUCAGAAAAUAGUACAUGGAAGGAAAACCUUGUCUUGGUUAGCAUUACUUGAGUGAUAUUUUAAACUCAGGUGCUGGCCAAUCGCAUUGAAACAUACAGGAAAAAAGUGAUAAACUUCAAGUGCUUCUGCUAGAGAACUGACAGCAACCAGGUUGUCUUGAUAUUGCAGUGACACUUGAUGAGUUUUUGCACAUGGGACUUUGUGGAAUUCCACAUCAAAUUGAACGUUACUGCAACUGUGUUUGCUUGUGCUCUUACAACCAUGGAAAAAGUCUGAAGUUAAUAAUUUCAAGUGUUGGUAUUUCCCGUUGCACUUGAUAACAUCACCGGUUUAGUGCCAAAGUGCUUCAGCUUCAUAGCAACGUCUGUAUCAAACCUUUGUAGCAUUGUGACAAACACUAGUUGGUUUUCAUUUGAAUUGAAAGAUCCAACCACUACAGCAACCACGUAUUGCUUUGGAACUCUCAAAAGGAAGAACGAAAAAAGCUGCACCGUCAGCAGAUUUCAGAACCCUGCCCCACCAUCUCUCCCCCCUGGUUUCUCUGGUCGCGGUGCAGGAGGACCGACUUACCAACCCCAGCCCUUAGACCCACAGAUCUCCCCUAGGAUGCCAGAAGACUACAGUGGAAUGCAGCAGCAACAGGCCCCUUCCAACCCCCAGAGUCAUAGCCAGCACCCGCUCCAUCGAGGACACCCCCACCCCAGUCAGGCUGGACACAUGCUUGGCUUUCCUGGGAGGAAUAGAGGGGCUGGGGACCCCACGCAGGGAAACCUCCAUGGUGGCAGUAGUAGCAACCCUUAUCGGAAGGAAGCAAUGGAUUAUUAUUUGACAAUGGGUGGCAAAGACAGACAGAGAAGAGGCGGUAUGGGGUAUGGGGCAAGCUUUGGCUACUCCAAUAUGGAUGGUCAUAUACCUCACCAAUACAGACAUGCCGGAUCUGGCCCAGCCUCGUCAUCUGGGAUGAUGUCUCCUUAUCCCUUGGAUUAUGGUUCCACUGGGGGUUCAGGUGGUAGCAGCAGUGGUGUUAGUGGUGCCGCUGGAGCCUUUUCCCCUUCUCACCAGUAUAACAUGAGUCAGAACGCUGCCUUGCAGUCCGUGUCUGGGUCUCCAAUGCAGCAUCGGCAACAUGGACAGAGCUACCACGGCCAUCAGGCCCUCCAUCACGGACAGCAGCAGAGGGCGUACCAUCACUCUGGACACAGAAUGACCCCCCAGUACCCCCACUACUCCCCACAGGGAGGGGCAUCUACAGGGUCAACAGGAAUGUACAGCCCCCCACCUCACAGGUACCAUGAUGGGGCCAACAGCUUGCCAAGUAUGAACUCAAAUUCAAAUUCUGUCUCCAGUUCAGCUCCUGCAAACAAUGUCGGGCCAAUGGAGAAUGUUCCUCAAGGCUAUCAUUCUUCUAGUUACCAAGGCUAUUCCCCUCAGACACAUUCACUCCACAAACAACCUACCCUCCAGCACCACAAUUCGCAGCACAAUAUAGGAGUAGGAGGAUAUGAUAGUUCUCAUAAAAUGCAGCACCAUGGGCCUCCAUCGAGUUCCGCAUACUCCAAACAUCACCAAGCCUCCAACUCAAGUAUACCUCAUCAGUCCUCUCAAGAAGUCACCAAAUCUCCAAUGCACUCUCAAACCCAACAGAGCCAAAUUAACCAAAACUUUAGCCCCAUCUCCAACCCUUCUCCGGCUGCCUCUGCAGUGCAGUCACCCAGCUGUAGCUCCUCCCCCUCUCCUUUGAUGAGUGUGUCUGAGGGCCAGGGAAACCACCCUGGACAGACCUCAUACCCUCAUCCACCAAACCCUCGUUCCAGUCAUGGUCAUGGUAGGCUCCUGCAGACCGUUCCUCAGCUAAGCCCUACCCCAAACUCCAAUAGCAGCGUCAGCAGUUGCGGGAGCAGUGGCAGUCAGAAAGCUGCAGCUCUGAACGCAGCUGUCUCCAACCGCAGCCGAAUGGCAGGACCUGGACCACGAGAUGAGGCCUCGGCGCCAGUCUAUCCAGCUUCUCCACUCAGCAAACUACAGGACACCAGCCUCAAUAGUCUAAAUGCCUUGACGUCACAGGUGGCCAAUUUACCGAACACAGUGCAACACAUGCUUCUGACCGACACAGUGUUGUCACAGAAGAGGGGUAAAGAUGGGGGAGCAAGUCAGAUGCAGGCGGGCCCACCCGCCCCACCUUCUGGCCGUCCAAGGAGUCGGAAUGUCAGCGCUGCCUCCAGCACCAGCACAGUGAGAGAAGGAAGUGGGCUAGGUGGAGGCGAUGGUGCCAGUGAGGGUGGAGUAGAUGAGGAAUCCUCUGUGCUGUCCGACAGAGGAAUGCCUGGAGCCAGGAUGGAGCGGGAGGAGCAGUUUUCAGAAGGCGAGCAAGUGAGGAUGAGACAGAUGAGUGGAGCCAGUAGUGGCUCGGAACCAACAACCUACUAUCCUUCGUCGCAAGGUGACCAAGUCAAGAUGCGUUCCUCGGAGCAGUUAAGCCGGAGUUCCAGGAAUCCUCAGAGUGUCUCUGAAACCAAGACUCCUAUGUCACCAUCGUCUCAAUCCCCUGCCCUGCAGAGUGCUGAGUCAUGUUCUAACUCUCAUCGUAGCCAUUCUGUUGCCAUGCCUUCCCACGGUCCUCCUCUCUAUUCCAACUCUGUCUCAGAGCCUGGUGCUGCCGAUGCCAAUAGUAAACACAACUAUAGGAAGACAAGAGAAAUAAAAAAUGAAGGUUUUCAAGAGGAAGGGGCCGAAAGAAGAGAGAAAGGGUUCAAAAGAGAGGAUGAAGGUAGAGAGCAGAGUGGAGAGAGACACAUAGAUGGACAGGAUAAGGAAAAUAGACUUUCCAGUUUACACAACGUCCACAGUGGUGAGAGAGACGGCAAACACCACAAGACGCAAGAUUGUGCCAACACCGAUUCAAACUUUGACCUUGAAGGGCAGCAGAAUGCAAGUGGGGUAGGUGUUAUUGUCUCGGCGCGUUCUGAAUCCCAGCAACCGGAGAAACCCAACCGUCCACAAGACAACUGCAUAGAGGAGAAACCUCCGCACACUAUCUUUAGAGAGUCUAGCAGUCACAAUGGAGAGAAGGGGGUGGAUCUGAGUGUGUAUUCUUCUCAUCACCAGCUUAAUCUGAAAACCAAUUUUGGAAGGCUUCAAAGUAACCCCCACGCUGCCGCUAACAAAUGUGGCUACCCGGAGUCACUCUAUGGUGGUUUGGCCGUGAAGAAUAGAGGAAGGCCAAGUCCAGGGGGGGUGAUGGAGACAAACUCAAGGUACCAAGAUUUCCACCCACCUCAGCCGAACUAUGGCUCACUGUCUUCAAAGGAAGCAGGAGGCGAUUCAGUAGAGGCACCAGCGAAGAGAGGAGGAGGUUCGGGACCUAAGGGCCACGAUGAUAAUUCUCAGUUACAACAGCAAUUUCCCAGUCUAUUACAGGAGGUUCUCCAGGGUUAUCAUUUAGAUCGUCGCUAUGGUCGACCAGAGCAGGUCCCUCCUGCCACUCAGUCUCAGAACGUGGCCCUGGCCAAUUUUCAAACUAGACAUCCAUAUGGUAUAGCUGAAAGCAUGAGAACACAAUCUGGAAUGGGUAACACCCCACAACCUUCACAAAUGGCCACAUCUGGAAAACCUAUCCAACCCCACCAGCGACAAGUAGGUGUUGUAGCUGAUUUUGGACCUCAAGGUCCCAUUCCCUUCAUAAAGGCUGAGGCAGUUGGCACCAAAGGGUUACAUAGUGCAGAGAAGAGUAAGAUGGCAGUAGCCCAUGGACCACACACUACAGACUCUUUCCCACCCACUCCCCCAAAGCACAUUAACUUAGCAGACUAUUCUUUACCUCAGAGAAAGCCUCUGCCUCCCUCGAGUCAGCCCACCUCCUCCUCUUCUGCUGUUCAGGAACUCCUUCUGCAGGAAGCCGACCCACUACGGGCCGCUGAUUCUCAGAAGUCCUCAGCCUCCUUUCUACCCCGGUCUUCGGGUCGACGAUCCGUCAUCUGCGACGUGUCACCAGUUCGUCGCAGCACACCAGAAAGUGAGACUGACAAAGAAAGGGAGAGUCACACGGGGUCUUCAGUCAUUCAACAAUCCUUUUCCUCUCCAUCAAGGACCAAUGUGCACAUGACAGGAAACAGUAAGGAGGAGGGGGUAGAAAAACAUGAGGUCAAGAUGGAGGUUUCCACCAAGGAAAUUACACCGGAGGCUGGACAUCUACAUCCUGAUCAUCAUAGUGUUCUGACAGCCAAGGCUGAGAUUGAGUAUCACAAGUCUUUACACCAGUCUGUGGCUAUGCAUGUGGACCCUUACAGGAAAGGAAAGGCUGACAUAACUGUCAUGGCCUCUCGCCAUAGCCAACAGGCUCCUCGCUAUCCUUUGUCCAAUACCAACCCUAUGUCCCCACCCCCCAGACACCCAGCCUACCCUCACAAUGUGGAUCUCUCCAGUGCACACGCCAGUGGCUAUUCUGGCUAUCGCUAUGGCGAUACAAGAGAGCGGAAUAUAAUGUCACGCAACCCACAUUUCCCCUCCCACCAUCCCUACCACCCUCUGUCCCCAACAAAUCAACUUCAAAGCCCACUAUCUGCAAACAAACUAACAGCAUAUCCUCACUCACGCACCCCUCACCACCCCCAUGAUCCCAUGAAUGAGUGGACCUCUGCCUUGACCAGACCCACCAAGGACAUAAUGAUGCAGUCUGCUUCGUCUCCUGGUAGAAACAAACUCGGUCAAUCAGAGCAGAGUCAAAGAACGCUGUCACAGGUGGAAAUGUUGGCCAAUGAGCAGCGUCUGUCCAAGCAGCAGGUUCCUCAUCAAAGCGCUUACUAUGACAUGAAGAUGUGGGAGGCAACUCAUUCAGGCAGGGAUGGAGCUGUCAUGAUGGAGGGAGACCCCUACCACCGAACCCAACCCCUUCCUCCAGCUGCUCCCCCCUGCCCAGUUUCCUCUCAGGUCCCACCUGGAGGUUCGAACUCGCUAGAACUAGAGGUCUCAAGAGGAGUCCUGGAGGACGUGAAGCCCCCUCAACCGCUUCUGGCCUCCAACUCCGUGAAAGUGUCUGGUGAGGUGAAUUCAGUGAUGCCUCAGCAAGGUCCUCGCCUGACCAAAACGGGAUGUUCCGGAGAUGCCAACCCUUUAAUGCUGAGGAGAAGAGUCCGUUCUUUUAUUUCUCCUAUACCUGCCAAGAGACAGCAUCAAGAUGGGGCCCAGGCAAGGGUGGUGCCCAAUUCGCAUCAUUCCCCAGCAGCUCUUUCAGAAUCCAGCCACCUCAAUGAUGAAGACUCCUCCAGCUCGGACAUCACCUGUUCCAGGCUCUCCUCUCCCACACCUGGACAGAACUACUCACAGUCGCUCUCUCCUUCAGGUAGUAAAAAGGUUUUGCCCCCCAGGAAAGGACGGGGUUUGAAACUGGAGGCUAUCGUGCAGAAGAUUACACCGAAUGUCCGGAAAUCCCCUCACAGUGGUGGCCAAGUUGAUGCAGAAUCUAAUCACUACGGAGGAUUCUCCGAGAUUUCCCAGUUUAGCGACUCCCAGGACCAAGACUACAUGGAUGACAGUCACUCCCUAAAUGAGAUGAUGCCCUAUAGGGGGAUGGAUGAGACCGGAUCCCUGCCACCAUCUGCAUACUCCUGCGACCCACUUCAGACAUCCCAAGGUCUGAAACAUACAAGCGGAAGUGGAGCCUUGCAGGCAGAUUUUGACUUUGGCUUGGGGGCUACAGCGUCUUCCGUGUCUGAUAAGGAAGAUCUAAGGAUUGCCACAGACUUUUCCUUGCUAGGACCCUUACCCCCACCCCCACCCCUCCCUCGCCCAGUGCAGGGUUCCCCUCCUCCAUCCUCUUCUGCCCUGUCAGAUAUCCAACACUUUACCAACACCUAUCAGCAACUGGAGACUCGCAGAGGAGAGCAAUCAGCUGCCAACCUCCUGAGGCAGAAACUCCAGGAGACUGUGAUGGGAUUUGACGAUUAUCCAAGCGCUGACUAUUAUGGCAGUACACCACCUCACCACAGUCAGGGUCAAGGACACUUGAUGAACAGGCAGAUGUGUUCUGGGAGGACUUUAUUGUCCAUGACGGGAUCACCGCAAGACAAAGGGUCAGAUAACCUUGUUCCAAAAGGUUACUUCCCUUCAGGCAAGAAGAAGGGAAGACCAGUUGGGAGCGUGAACAAGCAGAAACGUGUCCAGCAGGCCCAGACUCAGAAUGCUAUCCCUAAUGCUCCACCAAUCCAGCCUGCUACAUCUCCUGCUGCUGCUGCCCCUGUACCCCAGGCAAUCCCAGGCACAGACACUACCACCCCUCCCUUAAUAGUCUUUCCUCCAGCCGACCAGAAGCCCCCACCCUCUCUUACUCCACCCACCCUAACCCAGGUGAAGGUGGAUGCAGAGAGUGAGGACAUUCCCCUCGAGACAGAGGUCAAACCCCUCCGUCGAAGAAGGAGGGGUGUGAAGGCAGAGGGGGAUGUAGAGGGACUGACAAGAACGCAAAGGAGGAGGAGGAGAACAGCUGUGACCAUACCAGCCAAAGAAGACUUUGAAACAUCUGUGGGGACCGGAAGCAACACCGGCAUAGGCGGAGGUUUCUCUGACUCCAGGAAGAAUGUGUUUGCACCCUACGUUCACGUGGAGAGGAAGGUGCCUGAGAUUGGGGCUGUAUGUACGAUAGUAAAUGCAGAGGAGGAGAAAAAAGAAAAGGGAGAGCGGGGGGCGUCCGGAGUGAAAACCAGCAGCAGUGUGAUUGAAGCACUUCUGACUUCUGCUCUCACCUCUCAGCUAUCCCGGAGGGAGAAGGAGAUGGAGAGGCUGAGAGAGAAGAAGGAGGCAGAGGAGGCGGAGACCACUCUUCAGACAGGGAAGGCUCUUCCUUUGUCUGGGUAUGUCCUCUCGGGACCUGUAAUCACCGAAACAAACCACUCCGGUCGUCUCCUCUGCUGCCUGUGCCAGAAAUGGGCAAAUUACAAGAACCUGGGGGAUCUCUAUGGGCCAUAUUACCCGGCUGAAUAUGCUGCAAAGCUUCCUAAGAACCAGCCCCAGGUCCGACAAGGUCCUGCAAUGACGGGAGGAAGCAAAACCGGACCCAGUCUAGAAACAAACUCAAAUGUACUGAAUACCCAGGAAACCCAGGUGCAUGAGGAGGCACCCGUAAUCAAGUCCUCCGCUGAUAUCGACUGGAGCCUCAACUACGCUGCCAACCCUAUGUCUCCUGGUGCCAUGGUGGGCACUGCCUCUCCUGCCGGCGGGGAAGAGAUAAUGAUGUAUCUGGCAGGCCAGCUUGGUACCAACACUUCUACCAGUAACACAAAAGCUCGAAGCUGGGACACGGCGCCAGACAUACGACCCAUACCCGAGCUGUGGAAACAACCAGAACCUCAGACAGAGACACCUACUUACAGCCAACCCAGCAAGCAACCGCCAGUCGACGACUCCCAACAAAGACCCCAGCACCGGAAACUCACCUCGCACCCACGCUUCAAACGCAGGCAUAAAUCCAGCGAUGAUUCCCCCAGGAUGGUGCCGUCGAAUAGCAAGGCGUCGCUGCCUUUCCAGCCCCCUCCACCGGCAUUGGACUCUUUGGGGCCUCUCGCACAGCUGGCCCAGUUGCCACAGAUGCCCAUGGACCCAGAGGAGCUGUGGGUCCACGAGGGCUGCAUCGUCUGGGCUAGUGGGGUCUUCCUGGUCAACGGAAGGGUGUAUGGCCUACAGGAGGCACUAGAUGGUGCUCGAGAGGCAUGUUGCUCCUUCUGUGAGAUGGCCGGCUCCACCCUCGGUUGCUAUAGCAAAGGCUGCACAUUGAGAUAUCACUACCUAUGCGCCAUGGAGGCCGAUUGCUCUCUGAACGAAGAGAACUUUUCCCUGCGAUGUCCACAGCACAAGGUAAAGAGUUUCCCCAGAGCAGUCGACCUACCAAGUCAGUGUACCUGGAGCAGUCAGAGAGAGGCUGAAGGAUACAGCGAGGAGGAGGUGGUGCAGGAAGGGUAGUCUGGGAGGAGGAGCUACGGGCGGUCUGUGGAACAGCCUUCAGCAGGACAAGCAGCCACCAACAGACGGACAUGGAUGACAGCGAGGAUACACUAAGGAAUAAGGAAUGUACAAUUUCUUGGAGGGAAUUUACAUGAAAACAUUUAAAGACAAGGGGGGGGGGGAAAGCAACUUAAGAGAACUAUCCAUAAAAAAAAGAUACAAAAAAGAUACAAAAAAAGAUCAAAGCAACACAGAGGAAGUGAAGCUGAAGAAAAAGACAAAAUUAUACGUCUGCAGACGACAAAGCAAAAGGGACUUCCUCUGUGAAGAAGAGAAGAAACCAAUGGUCUCUCUAGGCUCACUUUGUGUCUCUGGAGAUACCCUCAAACUGGUUGAUUCUAGUUUCCAUCAUGGCUACCAUGAGUUCACCCAGGUCAUCUUUUGUGAAAUUGUUUUGAUGCACAGUAUUGGGAGGGAGCCUGUUUAUGGACAGCAGGUGAAUGUUGGGGUUUAGAGUGGACUGAAAAAGUGAAUGAAAAGAGGAGAAUGUGUAUUUUAAGUAUCUACUUUUAAGAAGUGUUUUAUCAUAAUCAUCAUGAUAAUGGUUAUUAUUUUUAGGCAUCAUUAUUUUUUUCUAUCUGCGUCAGUAUUUACUCAUCAAUUGAUAUCAGUGUAUUGUGAUUUAUACUUGGUCAACAUAUCAGUUUUGGGACAUUUGGAUAUUUCAUCAUUCCUGGAGUGGGUGGAGCCAGAAUGACAUCAUUUGGAAUGUCAGGGUCGAGUCGCCACAAAGACUAUUGCCUUGGAGAGUGGACGUCUGUUGCCUUUUCAGAGUGUGUGAAUGGUGGUGAACGCGCGUGUGUGUGCACGCAUAUGUGUGUGCAUUCGUGUGCUUGUGUGUGUGUGUGAGAACAUGGAUUCUAAGUGUCCAUUUUGGUCUUUUUGGAAAAAGUGUUCUUAUUUUUCAUCCUUGGGGUUUUUACGGUACAAAUAGUAUUCAUGAAAAAUCAGAUGGACACAAUCUUAUUUUUCAAACUAAAUAUUAGCAGUCAGUCGCUUGCAGUUGAGCAACAUGUACACCAAGCGGAGGAUGAGGCACUCUGGACUGAUGCAUGUUUGUCAUCUCUAUCCUGAUUGGUUGUCAGGGUGUCAGGUUACAUACAGUUGACAAGACGGUGAAUAUGAGGGGAAUCCUUCCCCAUAACAUUUUGAAUAGGAGGUCAAGAUUGGCCAACAGAUAUAAUUAAAAGGAAUCUAGGUGGUGAUAGGCUGAGUGAGAGGGGCUACCUGACAUGUACUGAUCAAUGAGAAGUCGGUAUAAUUCAAGUACUUUCUCAAUUAGUUAAUUCCUCAAUGAGAUAUUAAAACUGGAUUUAACUGAGAGUUGCAAAAUCCAUUGAAAAGAUACAUUGCCAUAAACUUAAAACAGUGAGUUGUAUGUUGUGUUGUCUCUCGUUAUCAUUUUCUAUCGUUAUUCUUGUAAAAAAAAAAGUUGAGCUAAAAGAAAACAAUGACACUAUUGAAAACAUGCCGUACUAGAAAAAUGUCAAUAUGUAUAUGAAUUAUGAAUACACUUACAAAAAUGCUGCAAUGA